CAGGACCCAGGGUUUCCCACUUUUGACCGAGUAUGCAACUCUAUCUCUAGAUGAGAAACCAAUAACAAAACUAUUCAAAUAUUCAUGAGCGUCGGUCGCUACAACAAUUUGUAAACGUGUUAACUUUGUCACCCAAAUGACAACCAAGCCAGCAAAACAGCAACACUCGGUUGAGCCGAAAGCAAAGGGUGAGAGACAGGUGCUCGCGUUCUUUACUGUAUGGCAUCCAAUACAGGGCAAAUGGGUUACUUACCCAGCGGAGGUGCUAUAUUUUGCACCAUACCCGACAUCUUCUACCUGCCAGAACUUGUCUUUGGUGGGCUGGUAUGGUGCCUUAUAGCAUCUACACAAAUCAUUCCUUACAACCCCCAAGCAUACGUGAUCACUGUGUCACUUUUCUGUUUUGUCGUGACCUUCCUCUGGAUGAUGAUAUUUGCCUGUGGGGCGCACCGUAACAGAAGUUCUUGGGCAGGGGCGGAUGUAGCAUACCAUGCUUUUGCGACCCUUCUGUAUCUCAGUGCUUCUGUGCUUAUAGCUUACACGUGUAUAAAUUAUAGAGAUUCGGGUGGAGACAUGGGCAUAACAUAUUACAAGCUGGAUAUAGCUGCUUCGGUGUUUUGCUUUGUCAGCACUUUAGUGUAUUUCAUCCACACAAUUUUCUCAGCCAUCAGAUGGAAAUCUUUCUAAAACGCCUGUGAUCAACUGACUGGUUCUAACUACACCCAUGAAAGACUUUACUACGCACAAUUACUGCGCUGUCUCUUUAAGAAAUGUUAAAUUCAUGUUUGUACCAGUGUAACCUGAAAACAGAUUGUAUUUAGCAUUCAGAGAAUCUUUAAUUGAUCAUGCGAAAGAAGAUUGAUUGUCCGGUCCUCUCACUCUCAUAUACUAAUAUGUACAAAUUCAAACACCUUUUUGGCAUUCACUGUAAAAAAUGUCUGUAGAAAUUACAGUAUUAAUGGGUAUUACUGGCAAUAGCUGCCAGUAACUUACUGUAAUUUACUGGCAACAUUUUGUUCAAAAUUAUAUGAACAUAUAACAUUUAAUGACUUUAUCUUCUACAGUAAGUUACUGGCCACCAGCUGCAAAAUUACAGCAAAUUUUUUAGAGUGUAUCUUUUGUAAACUUUUCUUGCAAGUUUAAUUUAUGUGUAAUUUUGCUUUAUCUAAUAAAUUAUAAAUAGUCUAGGGAGUGUGAUCUCAUACUUGAUACAUACAUGUCAAUACUACUUCAUCAGUGUUACAGUAUUGGC